AUGGUACAGAGACGACUCAGCGAAGGACUUGGGCGGCACGUCCUUCUGGCGCGAAUAAACCACAGUGCCGGAGUCCGCGUCGAGAAGCUGAAGAAGGUACAUACUUACGUUCUUGCUCGCACCCGAUUUAUUUCUCCGCGCUCACAAUUCUUUACCGACCAAAGACUUACUCCGAACGCACGCGUGACCUUCAGGUCAUCUACAUGAUCUCUGAUUUCGCGACAAAGGAACUCAACUGAGAUUUCGAAACAACCAUCAAAAAAAUGCCAAUCACCUUGAUCUACUCGCACCAGGCCAAGAAGAGCAGGAGUUUGCCACGAUUUAUAAAGCCUGAUCUUCGAGCCUUCCAUCUUGGGAGGACGGUCGUCCCCUGUGGUGCAGCAUCUUCCUUCAUCAGUACGAUCGAUGCUGUUGUUAGUCAUGAAGCAGAUGCAACGAAGAACAAAACGAAUGUCGAUCCGCUUGUGCUCUUGCUCUUGUACAGUCGGAGAUGA